CCCCCCGCGUUCGGCGGGACCCUAUUCAUGUCAGGAGCCUUUCAGGCCCCAAGAUGGAUUCCUGGCACUAUUAUUGUGUUUUUUCUCCUAACCUUUCAGGUCAGCUCCCACCAGCCAGCUGGAGAGGGGCCGUCACGUGGCCUCGGGGUGCCAAUGUUCUGCCCUAGGGGUGUCAAGACCCCGGUAGCCAAGAACGAUGCAGAAGGCCUCGUACUACGACGGCUCCACGCUCUUCGGGCCUUACUCCUACGCCAAUGGAUUCGCCUACGAGGGCGCCCAGCCGCCUUUCCAGGCCUCUUCCCACCUGGAGAGCGACUUCCAGAGGUCCUCCUGCUCCCUGCAGUCCCACGGCAAGAGUAAGGAGCUCAACGGGAGCUGCAUGCGGCCCGCCGAGGCGCCGGCGUCGCCCGAGGCCGAGCGCGCCGACGGAGGCCAGGCCGGGAAGAACGGCGCCGGGAAAGGAGGGCCGGGGGCCGGCGGGGGCGGCAUCUCCAAGCAGAUCUUCCCCUGGAUGAAGGAGUCGAGGCAGAACUCCAAGCAGAAGAGCGGCUCGCCCGGCGCAGAAACCUGCGGCGGCGGCGGCGGCGGUGAGAAAAGCCCCCCGGGCUCCUCGGCCUCCAAGAGGGCGCGCACGGCCUACACCAGCGCCCAGCUGGUGGAGCUGGAGAAGGAAUUCCACUUCAACCGCUACCUGUGCCGGCCGCGGCGCGUGGAGAUGGCCAACCUGCUGAACCUCAGCGAGCGCCAGAUCAAGAUCUGGUUCCAGAACAGGAGGAUGAAGUACAAAAAGGAUCAGAAAUCCAAAGGCGUGGGCGGCUCCUCCUCGGGAGGGCCUUCCCCGGCGGGCAGCCCCCCGCAGGCCAUGCAGGCCUCGGCGGGCUUCCUCAACGCCCUGCACCCCAUGAGCGCCGCCUACGAGGCGCCGUCGCCGCCGUCCUUCGGCAAACCCCACCAGAACGCCUACGCCGCCGCCAACCCCGGCUACCAAGCGGCCCUGAAGGGUUGCCCGAGCCAGCAGAAAUACGCCGGCGCGGCCGAGUACGAGGCGCACGUGCUGCAGGCCGACGGCGCGGCCUACGGCGUGCAGGGCAGCCCGGCCUACGUCGGAGGGAACUUUGUGGAUUCUCUGCCCGCCUCGGGCCCGGCCCUUUACGGCCUCAACCACCUGGGCCAGCAGCAGCAGCAGGCCGGCGGCAUGGACUACGGGGGGGUCCCGGCGGGCCAGCCCCAGGGACCGUGCGAGAGCCACGCCGCCUACGCGGAGCUCUCGUCGCACCACGCGACUUCUCAGGGCAGAAUCCGAGAGGCGCCCAAGCUCACCCACCUGUGAGAGGGCAAGCAGCCGCUUUCGGGGGGAAAAAAGGGCGGUUUGGGUUUCAGGGAUGUUGGGGUUGGGUUUCUCGCCGGCCUCGCCGGUUUGGGGGUUUGUGAUGAGCACAGAAGGCGAGCGGUGUUGGUGGCUUUGCAAGGGAGGAACCUCCUGGGUUUCCAGAGAAAUGCUUCCGAAACGGGCUCGGGGUGCUUCUGUGGGAACCCCGCAGGGUGUGAGAGGCCAAAUCCGGCCUUCCCGAGCCACGUCCGGAUGGUCACCGGUCAUCCCCGGGCGCCGGGAGGGAGAAGAGCCCACCAGCCAAGUUUUGGGGUCUCUGCAUCCAAAGAACCCCAAGGAGAUCCACCAGGAAGUUCUCCCCACUUGGAAUCCUCCUCUGGAUCCACCGGCGCUUUCCUUCCCAGCCCUCAGGGGAAGGGUUGUCCU